UUAUCCCGUUACACUAUGGCUUUAAGAGAUAUCCCUUGGUCUGAAGUUAAAAAGCAUGAUGGUAAAAAUGGAAGCUACUGGGUGGUGAUACAUGGAAUGGUACAUGAUGUGACCAAUUUUUUAGAACAGCACCCAGGUGGUGAAGAAAUUUUGAUGGAGCUAGCCGGAAAAAAUGGUACAGAAUGUUUUGAUGACAUUGGUCAUUCGGAUGUAGCGAAAAACCUUGCUUCAGUUUUCCGAAUAGGAAAAGUUGUUGAGCACCCUGGCGGUGAAGAGGUCCUCCUAGAACAGUCCGGCAACGAUGCUACCGAGGCUUUCGAAGACGUCGGCCAUUCAACAGAUGCCAGAGAGAUGAUGAACAAAUUCAAAGUUGGUGAACUUGUAGAGGAGGACAAGGUUAAGACUGAGAAGAAAUUUCCAAAUUGGAGUUCAGAUGUCUCACCAUCUGCAAACAAUAGCUCAUGGAAGGCCUGGCUAGUCCCUAUUGUGUUUGGAAUUGUAGCCACAGUGAUAUACAGAUUCUUUCUGGUUAAACAAUAGAGCCUUCAACAAGUACGAUAUAUAAUUAAAACAUUAUUGUGGAAACCUUCACGUAUCCUACCUUGAACAUCUUUAAGGUUUCUUUGAAACAGUUUUAUAAAAAUCAGAAUUUUUUAACUUUGACACUUGUUGCUGUUACCUUUAAAAAUUAUAUUUUAUUUUAUCUGUACGCGUUUCUCUAUUUUUAACCAUUUUUGUCUUAAUUUCAUAUGAAUAUUUUUCAUUGAUACUUUGUUAUAACUUUAAAAUUAUUCAUUCCAUUAAAGAAAAAGAAUACAAUUGAUUUUCUUCUAAAUGGGGCCAUUGAUAUUAGUAGUGUUGUUAAUAGUAAAAGAAUUCCUUUAAUUUUAAGUAAUGUAUUGACAAGUGCUGUAGUGUUUUUAAUUUGAAAUAAUUUUUCUUCUAUUUUAACUUUUAAUAAAUUUGUGGCAGAGGUAUUGUAUUUUAUGACAACUCAACUUGACUCCCGA